GUCCCAGCCCCACCGCAGCCUCUGCUGCGUUAGCCAUGGAGCCUGGUGCUGUGCUGGGAGCUGCGGCCGUGCUGGUGGCACUGGUGGUGCUGGGAGCCCACCCGGCUGGAGCUGAGGAGCUCUCAGGAGUUUUCCUGGAGAUGGGGAAGUCUGAGUGCCAGUUCCUCAACGGCACCGAGAGGGUCAGGUAUGUGUACAAGAACAUCCACAACCGGGAGCAGUUUGUUCACUUCGACAGCGAUCUGGGGAUCCAUGUGGCCGACACCCCGCUGGGUGAGCCCCAAGCCCGGUACUGGAACAGCCAACCGGAGAUACUGGAGCAGAGAAGGGCUAAGGUGGACACCUACUGCCGGCACAACUACAAGGUGGUAACUCCAUUCACGGUGGAGAGGAGAGUGCCACCCCAGGUGCAGAUCCACUUCGUGCAGCCGAGCUCCCUGCCCCAGGGCACCAGCGCCAGGCUGGUUUGCGCCGUGAUGGAUUUCUACCCCGCGGAGGUGGAGGUGAAGUGGUUCAGGAACGGGCAGGAGGAGACGGAGAGCGUGGUGUCCACGGAGGUGCUGCAGAACGGGGACUGGACCUACCAGGUGCUGGUGCUGCUGGAAACCAGCCCGCAGCGCGGGGACACCUACCUGUGCCAGGUGGAGCACAGCAGCCUGCAGCGCCCCAUCGCCCAGCGCUGGGAGCUGCCGUCGGACCCCGGCCGCAGCAAGAUGCUGACAGGGGUGGGGGGCUUGGUGCUGGGGCUCCUCUUCCUGGGCCUGGGGCUCUGCCUCCACCUGCGCAGCAAGGGCUCCUGAAUCACCUUCUGCCCCUGCUCAGC